GGUUUGUUGGGUUAGUGACUUUCUGUCAAAAUGACACUUAUGUAAGUCUUGCCGCCAUUGUCAGAAUCCCCGCAAUUUCUAUCCCUGCCGCACACGGCGUGGCAAGGGCUCGGUGCGGGCCACGCUCAUAGUCAUCUUCUCCCCGCACGACAUAUCCACUUCCCUGCCAAUAAUGGCUCAAAUAACCGACUACGAACUUUCCGGACGACGCCACUGUUUCAUAGCUUGAAAUUUCGCUCCCUGUACCCUCGUUCGGUUCAUACGGAGUACGAGUAUGCUUGCAUUUCAGACAAAUUUAUAUUAUCCUUCGGGGUUCGAGUUAUAGGAGUUCGUGGAUCAUGCCUGCCCACGACCUCCUAUAAUAAUAUACCAUCUGUUCGGUUUGAUCCACUAGAUAUGUAGGAACUUUCAAAUAAAGCCGAUGUUACCCUCGAGAAAGCUUAGGGCUCACGGCAUCUUGAAAACUUCCAAGGAACCGGCAGUGCUCAAAUUGCACCUAUCAGCGAUCAUACUCAAUCAGGUUGUUGUUCCUGCAUGACAAGACUAUGCAGAGGGCGACAAUUUCGAACAAAGCAUCCGUGCUCCAGUUUUCAUCAUGACGACCACUGCCGUUUAUGGCCCGUGUUAUUUAUUGGCCGUCUGUACUUUAUGGAUCUAUCACUUGGCGCAGGUCAAGCCAAGUGGGGGGCAAACCUUUCCUGGACUGCGGCAUCUAGGCCGCGCUGACAUGGUUCGUACUUACGGGGACCAAAAUGGCACAGCCGCGAGGCUGGUGGCAGAGUACCUGUCAUUCAUUGCGGGAGUUGGGAUGGACCAAGCUGUGCCUCUCAAAUAAAUAAUACUAGAGGCUGGUGGUUGUACGCAGUUUUGCUUUUAAGCAUCGAGCGCAGUCAUUCAUUUUGCUGUUCUUAUCAGAGCUUUUGUUUUUUAUGCAAGAUGCUCUCCUUAUUGCCUUUGAGCGUGUUUCUGUCUUUUACAAGCACUGUACUCGCAGCUGCCCUCCAUAACCACCCUCAUGAAGGCCAUUCUAAGCGCCAGGCAGAUUCAAACACAACAUGGCUGGAAAAUUAUGAAUACGUCGUCGUUGGAUCGGGACCCGGCGGCGGUCCAGUUGCUGCCAACUUAGCCAUUGCAGGCUUUAAAGUUCUCCUGAUAGAUGCUGGAGACGACCAAGGCGGCGCGUUACAGUACCAAGUUCCUGCUCUCCAGCUGCAGGCAACGGAAUACGAACCGAUGCGAUGGGAUUAUUUUGUCAACCAUUAUUCCGAUGAGGCACGACAACAGAAGGAUUCUAAAAUGGUGUACCAAACUACUUCUGGCGAGCAGUAUGUUGGACUGAACCCCCCAAGCGGCUCAACCCCUCUGGGGAUUCUGUACCCAAGAGCUGGAACACUUGGUGGUUGCUCGGCUCACAAUGCUUUGAUCACGAUCUAUCCACACGACAGUGACUGGACAAAUAUUGCGACCAUUACAGGAGAUAAUUCCUGGAGCCCAGACAAGAUGAGAAAGUAUUUCAUGAAGCUAGAGAGGAACCGCUACCUCCCCAGCAGCAUCAUUGGCCAUGGCUUUGAUGGAUGGCUUGGGACAGCUCUUACAGACCUGUCGCUUGUGAUUGAAGACCCAAAGCUCCUCUCGCUCAUCAUUGCCGCUGGCACUGCAAUGGGUAAGGGUCUACUUGGACUUUUGGUCAACACUGUUGGAGGUCUUGGUCAAGUUUUGCUUCGCGACAUCAAUGCCCCAGGACAAUCUAGCAAGGCCGGACUCUACCAAGUACCCCUCGCUAUGGCUGACUCAAAACGAAAUGGACCUCGCAACUUAGUUCUAGAUACAGCCAAUGCUGUCAACAAGGACGGUUCUCGGAAGUACCAUCUCGAUAUCAAGCUCACAACUCUCGUCACCAAGGUUCGCUUCUCGCAUGACGGACCAACCCCCAAAGCUGUUGGAGUUGAUUUCCUCGAUGGUCAAAGCCUCUACAGGGCCGAUCCCCGAUCUGGUUCUGCUACAGUUACUGGCUCUGGAAGCGUGAAUGCCACACGCGAGGUUAUUCUGGCAGCUGGAGCUUUCAACACCCCUCAACUACUCAAACUCAGUGGUAUCGGCCCAGCCGCUGAGCUCGAAUCUUUCGACAUCCCCGUCGUCGUCGACCUUCCCGGUGUUGGCACCAACUUACAAGAUCGCUACGAGAACACUAUCAUCGGCGACAGCCCGACUGAUUUCUUCAUCACGAAAAAAUGUACUUUCAUGGAGACUAUGCCAGAUCCGUGCCUAACAAGGUGGACUAACGGCAUCGGCCCAAUCGCCAAAGGCACCUACGGCACCAAUGGUAUCGCCAUCGCCAUCGUCCAGAAGUCCUCUGUGGCCGAGGGCGAACCGGACCUCCUUAUAUCUGGCGCACCGGCCAAGUUCAAGGGCUACUUCCCUGGAUACUCGAGUGACUCCCUACACGAUGCCCAUCACUGGGCUUGGAUUGUUCUCAAGGCGCACAGCAGGAACAACGCCGGCGCCGUCACUCUCCGUUCUACCGACCCGCGCGACAUGCCCAAUAUCAACUUUAACUACUUUGACACGGGCGUGACCGCCAAUGGCGCAGCUGACAAGGAUCUCCAGGCCGUCUACGAGGCGAUGAAAUUCUCGCGUAAGAUCUUCAAGGGCCUGAUUCCCCUCGAUGGCGGCUUCAACGAGGUCUGGCCGGGCCCAAAUGUCACCACGGAGGCGGAUAUGAAGGAAUUCAUUAAGGACGAGGCCUGGGGACAUCACGCUAGCUGCACAUGUCCUAUUGGAGCUGAUGGUGACCCGAUGGCGGUGCUAGACUCGAAUUUCAAGGUCAGGGGCGUGGAGGGACUGAGGGUAGUUGAUGCUAGCGUUUUCCCCAAGAUCCCAGGGUUUUACAUCUCCUUACCAAUCUAUAUCGUGAGCGAAAAGGCGAGCGACGUUAUUAUCCAGGCUGCGGCGGCAUGAGGAGAUACAUUAUUCGUGGGGGUGUGAUGUCGUCACUUAGCGUCUUUGAGUAGGCUUCUGUAUUAUACUAUACAUUUCACAGAGACAUAUUUCCACUCGGUCAUUAUCAUAUGGGGGGCUUUAUUUUGCUGA